CCUUCCUGCGGAAGCCAAUCGUGGGACUUUGGCUCUUCCGCUCGGUAUCUAGGAGGGCCAGUAGACUUCGGCUACUGGCGGCAGGAUGUUCUCGCCGGGAACUGAGAGUUUACUCCUCCAAGCCAGGGAGAUUCAGGAUGAGGAAUUAAAAAAAUUUUGUUCGCGAAUAACAGGACUCCUUCAAAAGGAAGACUUAGGAAAUGAAACCAUUGACUGUUUGCAAAGACUUUACCUCAUUGUCUCAGCCACAAAAUAUUCUAGGAAGCUUGAAAAGAAAUUUGUGGAUCUAUUGCUGUCAACAUUAUAUUUUCCAAAGUGUCCUGAACAGGUUCAGGUACUCUGUGCUGCCAUUGUGAGAGAAAUAUCACCUUCUGAAAAUUUGACAUUGAUUUUUGACCACAUCCAAAAUACAAAGCUAUUAAGCCUGAUCUCAUCAGUUCUAUUGGCUCAGGGCAAUAAAAGGGAUGAGGUCAGAGAUGUGGGGCUGCGUGUUACAAAAAUCCUUGAAAGUCGACAGCCUGAGGGACAGAGCUUAAGAUACCUUCUGCCUGUCUUGUCAAAGGUCAUUACCCUUUCACCAAAAGUCCUCAAGGAAGACCAGAUAAACCUCCUCAACAAAAGACUAAUUGACUGGCUUCGUUAUGCAAGUAUCCAACAAGGAGUUUCACAAACAUCUGGAGGCUUCUUUUCUAAUCCCUGGGCAAGACAGCCUGGCCCCAUCACUGAGGUAGAUGGUGCAGUUGCCACAGACUUCUUCACUGUACUUUCAGUAGGCCAGCAUUACACAGAAGAUCAGUGGUUGAACAUGCAGGCCUUCUCCAUGUUGCGUAAAUGGCUCCUUUAUAGUGGGAAUGAUGAAACAGACAGUCCAGAUUCAGAUGAUAAAUCAGAGCUAGAGGGCUCUAUUAUGUCUAUGGUCUCUGCUACCUCUACCUCUAGUCGCCAGCUUCCCCCAAAGGAGCGCCUGCGAGAGAAUGCCUUUGAAUACUGCCAGAGACUCAUUGAGCAGAGUAAUCGGAGAGCCCUGAAGAAACAAGACUGUGAGUUGCAAAAAGCUUGUCUGGUUGAAGCUGUGAUUAUAUUGGAUCUACUCUGUAGACAGGAUUCCUCCUUCAUCUACCGGACUCUCUCUCGUCUAAAGAUCUUACACGGGCGGCUUUGUGGAGAUCUGACUUAUGUUCGAGCAUUGUUGCCAGUUGCCCAGUUCUUCCUGAAUCACAGUGAAGCAGCAGCAAUUGAUUCAGAAGCAGUUUAUCAGCAUUUGUUUACCAACAUCCCUUCAGAGUUAUUCUACAAUUCAAUGUUGGCCUUUGAAUUCAUCCAGUUCUGCAGGGAAAACAUCUACUUUUUCAGUGGAAAUCUUAGUGUCUUCAAAUCAAACUUCCCAAAUCUCUUCAAGUUCUUGGCAUGGAACAGUGCAUCCCUGAUCUCAGAAUUUGUGGAUAUACUUCCUGUUUUCAUUGAUGCUAGUACAGCCAUUGAGAUGCUCCAUGUCCUCCUUGACUUACCAUGCUUGACUGCUGCCCUAGACCUAUAUAUUAGGUCAUCAUCUCCUACAAGUGAGAAGCCUCUCUGGGAUCCAACUCUAAAGCCCACAAGCUGCUUGGAUGGUUUCCGAGACCCUCACUACCAGGCUCUCUUUCAGUACCUGCUGCGCACAAAAGCCAGGGGAAUUGUCAAGGGGUUGACUCCACUCCAUCAGUUAUUGAAGCCCAUGGCCAGUUGUUCACGUGUUGUACAAUGUGCAGAGAUUGUCCCCAUUUUAAUACAGCUUUUCUUUACUGUGGUGACUGAGUUUGCAGAUGGGAUACUAAUAAACCAGCUUGUAGUACUACUGUUGGAAAGAAGUGAUUCACUCUUUGAUGUUCCACAGUUUAAAGCUGCUGUGCACAGGGUAAUGAGUUCCCAGUUUCUGGUCCUGUGUAAACUACAUCCUUCUCUUGUAGUUGAACUGUCUAAGGAACUACUGGAGUUCACAGGAACCAUCAGCAACAUCCACAGCAAAGAGAAUAUAUUCACCAAUGUGGUCUGGGCAAUUGGAGAAUACAUGUCUGUACUCUAUGACAGGAGAUGUACUGUGGAGCUGAUCAACAAAUUCUUUGAAGCCCUGGAGGCCUUACUGUUUGAAAUUACCCAGUUUCGCCCCUCUGCUACACUUCCUAAGUGCUGUCCACGAGUAAUCACAGUUCUCAUGACCACACUGACCAAACUAGUUUCUCGGAGUCAGGAUUUGAUUCCCAGGGUUUUCUUGUUCCUGUCCAAGGUGAGAUCCUUUGCUGAGAAUUCUGCUAUGACCUCUGCGUAUGAUAAUGAGGAAGACAUGGAGACUAUCCUGACUAGGGCCACUGAAUUGAUGAACUUACUAAAAAUGCCAAGUGUGGCUCAGUUUGUCCUGACACCAUCUGUAGAGGUUUCUAACCCACGUUAUCACCUUGACACAAAUACCUCCUUGCCUCUGGCCCUGAGGAUGGUCAGUCAACUAGUUGAGAAAGAGGUUGGCCUUCUGCCCGGGCGAGGUGCUGAUGUGACCCAAUGCACACCAGAAGACUUAGAUUUAGAGUCUCCCCAGGUUGCAUUUAGCUGAGCUCCUAAAUAUUAAUGGCAAUAAAUUAAUCCAAGGGGAAGCAUGUAACAAGUGUGAUUGUAAAGAGAUAUAUAUAUAUAUAUAUAUAUAUAUAUAUAUGUAUAUAUGUAAUAUAUACCCUUUCCAUGAUCAUAUUGUGGUAUCUCAAGGUUUGGACCUUAAAUGAUUGGAAAGGUGUUAUUCUCACACUGAGGUUGGAGGUGGAUUUUCCUAGAAUCAAGGAUUGUGGAUCUAUUUAGAUGUCUAGAAGACACAUACCUGACUCCUUUGGCAAGACAAUAGUAAUGUGGUAGUGUACUCCAGCUAAUGAAAAGUGUAUGGAGAAAUCUGAUUUCUCUUUUUGGUUUAGGCACAUGAAAUUGCAGUUUUACUUUUUUUGUUCCCUGAGUAAAAUCAGAUUUCUUUGCAGUUACUUUCUAAGCAUAUUAAAGUAGGUAUUUUAUUAAUAUCCAUUUUUCCACUUAAAUCUUUUAAUAUAAUAAUCUUAAACAAAUUUGCACCAUUUAGUAUUGUUAUCUGUCAGAUAAAUACAUAAAAAGAUGUACAAUAUUAACAGGAACGAAGAAUCAAGUUUCUUGCUGGUGGUAACAUCCAAGAAUAAAAUUUAACAUUCCUCCCUCUCCCCCAUCCUAUUUACAUUAAUGGAAUAUUUGAUUUCAAUAAACAAAGAUGAUAUAUUCCCUUUUGGAGGGAUUGAGAUUCAAAAUAUGGUGUCAGUGAAACAUCUGAAAAUAAAGGAAAAGAGGUAAUAUAUAA